CGCUUGGGCGAGGCCUGGGUCCCCUCCCCCACCGCUCCCUGGAGCCGUGGGGGGCGGAAUCAAAACUGUUUAGGGACCUCCGACUGGAAGCCUCUCAGUCAUGGUCCCGGACGCCGUGCGAGAAACCUAAUUGUGACGUCACACACAGUCCAACUGAAGCGGCCCGCUCACACCGCUUCGGGGCGCUUGGAGCGAAGGAAAGCCCCCCGCCUCCUCCUGCCGUAAAGCGAAUACUUCAAAGUGUUGCCUGUCCUCGACGAAGGCAGGGUCGUCGGUGUCGCAAAGCUGAAAGUGUUUGGGCACUACCCCUAAGUCGUAAAAGUGCCUGCGGCAGUCGUUUCUUCCACUGUCGCAAAAGCUCCCCGCCCGUCUUCGCCCCUCUGGAGCCACUCCGUCACCUCGCCCGUGCCGUAAAGCAAACCUGCCCGACUCUGUCGUCCUUUCUCUUCCCACCGUAGUAGUCCUUAGUUCCCUACUCCGGGAUGCUUUAUUGCCCGGCACUGCCGUAAAGCAUAUCUGGCCCCAGCCCCCGAGUCCUAUUCCCCCAGGGCGUCUGUGCACCGCGGUUGCCACGGUGCCGCCAAGCGCGGCUGUCGCGCGGCCCCGGUGUCAGCGGCGAUGGCGGCGGGGUCGGGUGGGAAUGGGGGCUCCGGGGGAGGCCCCGGGCCGGGGCCGGGUGGGGGUGGGGGUGGUGGCCCCGGCGGGAGCGGCCCAGGGCCGGGGUCCGGCGGGGGUCUGGGCAGCGGCGGGGAGCUGCACCCGCGCACCGGGCGCUUGGUGAGCUUGUCGGCCUGUGGGCGUACAGCGCGGCGGCAGCAGCCAGGCCAGGAGUUUAACCACGGGCUGGUGUUGAGUCGGGAACCCUUGCGCGAUGGACGCGUCUUCACCGUCCGCAUCGACCGCAAGGUCAACUCCUGGAGUGGCUCCAUUGAGAUUGGGGUGACGGCACUGGACCCCAAUGUGCUGGACUUCCCAAGCAGCGCCACAGGGCUGAAGGGAGGCUCGUGGGUAGUGUCGGGCUGCUCGGUGCUGAGGGAUGGACGGUCUGUGCUGGAGGAGUAUGGGCAGGACCUCGACCAGCUUGGCGAAGGGGACCGUGUGGGUGUGGAGCGCACGGCUGCCGGGGAGCUGCGGCUCUGGGUGAACGGGCGGGAUUGCGGCGUGGCUGCCACGGGCCUUCCGGCUCGUGUCUGGGCCGUCGUGGACCUUUACGGCAAGUGCACCCAGAUCACUGUGCUCCCCCCUGAGCCGGGCUUCAGCCCCCCUACUCCCAGCCCCACACCUCCCCUUGAUCCCUCCGCCCCCCCUGAAGAUUCUGCCUUGGCUGAACAAGGGACCUCUGGGGAUGAAGCCUUCAUGGUAUCCCCAGCGCAGGCCCGACCGGAGACGUUUCCUAACAGCCUUGAGUCGCAUAAUGACUUUGCCAGCAUGGAGCUCUCUGAGGUGGUGAGCAAUGCCAUCCUGUCUGCGUACAACGGGGGGCUCCUAAAUGUGAACCUGAGCUCCCCCCCAGCAGAGGAAGCACCAGGGCCUAGCGGUGCUGCCACCUCGCCCAUUGUCACCUCCAACGAUGCUCUCCUUUUCCAUGAGAAGUGUGGAACCCUCAUCAAGCUCAGCAACAACAAUAAGACUGCUGAGCGCCGCCGGCCCCUGGAUGAAUUCAACAACGGGGUUGUCAUGACCAACCGCCCUCUCCGGGACAAUGAGAUGUUUGAGAUCCGCAUCGAUAAGCUCGUAGAUAAGUGGUCAGGCUCCAUUGAGAUUGGUGUCACCACCCACAACCCCAACAAUCUGGAGUACCCAGCCACCAUGACCAACCUGCAGUCAGGCACCAUCAUGAUGAGCGGCUGUGGGAUCCUGACCAAUGGCAAGGGCACCCGCCGGGAGUACUGUGAAUUCAGCCUGGAUGAGCUGCAGGAGGGUGACCACAUUGGUCUCACGAGGAAGUCCAACUCUGCCCUACACUUCUUCAUUAAUGGCAUUGAUCAGGGUGUGGCGACCCCCUUGACGCCCCCAGUGGUGUACGGUGUGGUGGACUUGUAUGGAAUGGCCGUGAAGGUGACCAUCGUCCACAAUAACAACCACAGUGACCGCCUUCGCCGGAACAAUGCCAUCCUGCGGGCUCUGUCCCCUGAGGGUGCUCUCCGCCGGGCUGCUCCUACAACCCAGGCAGAACCUGAGCGCCUGCUCUUCCACCCCAACUGUGGGCAGAAGGCAGCCAUCACCCACGAGGGACGCACUGCCCUGAGGCCCCAUGCCACCGACGACUUCAAUCAUGGCGUGGUGCUGAGCAGCAGAGCCCUGCGGGAUGGAGAGGUGUUCCAGGUGCGCAUCGACAAGAUGGUGGACAAGUGGGCUGGCUCCAUUGAGAUUGGCGUCACCACCCACAACCCUGCCUACCUCCAGUUGCCCUCCACCAUGACCAACUUGCGCUCUGGGACCUGGAUGAUGACAGGGAAUGGGGUGAUGCACAAUGGGACGACCAUCUUGGAUGAAUACGGGCACAACCUGGACCGACUCAAGGCAGGGGACACGGUGGGCGUGGUGCGGCGGGAGGACGGGACUCUCCACUUCUUUGUCAACGGCAUGACUCAGGGUCCUGCUGCCUGGAAUGUGCCCCCAGGCGUCUAUGCUGUCGUGGAUCUCUAUGGCCAGGCGGCCCAGGCCACCAUUGUGGACGACGUGGAGGUGCCCCCAGUCCCUGAACCACUCCCUGAGGGGAACAACCAGGUGUCUCCAAGCUCCCCAUCAUCUGGGGCUGGGGGCUCAGACCUCCGCUUCCACCAGCUGCACGGCAGCAAUGCGGUCAUCACCAACGGGGGCCGUACUGCACUCCGCCACAAUUGCCGCAGCGAGUUCAACGACGCCAUUGUCAUCUCCAACCGAGCCCUGAGAGAUGGCGAGCUGUUUGAAAUUGUCAUUCAGAAGAUGGUGGACCGCUGGUCAGGCUCCAUUGAGGCUGGAGUGACCGCUAUCCGGCCGGAGGACCUUGAAUUCCCCAACACUAUGACAGACAUUGACUAUGACACGUGGAUGCUGAGCGGCACAGCCAUCAUGCAAGAUGGGAACACCAUGCGCAACAACUACGGGUGUGAUCUUGAUGCACUGGGCACUGGCGCCCGCAUCGGUAUGAUGCGCACGGCCAAGGGCGACCUGCACUACUUCAUCAACGGCCAGGACCAAGGCGCUGCGUGCUCAGGCUUGCCUCCCGGUAAAGAAGUGUAUGCAGUAGUGGAUCUGUACGGCCAGUGCGUCCAAGUGUCCAUCACCAAUGCCACUGGCCCCAUGGACAACAGCCUGGCGACCAGCAACACUGCCACUGAGAAGUCGUUCCCCCUGCACUCCCCAGUGGCUGGCGUGGCCCACCGAUUCCACAGCACCUGUGGCAAGAACAUCGCUCUGGAGGAAGACGGCACGAGGGCAGUGCGAGCAGCCGGCUACGCCCAUGGCCUCGUCUUCAGCACCAAGGAGCUCAAGACUGAGGAAAUCUUCGAGGUAAAGGUGGAGGAGCUAGAUGAGAAGUGGGCCGGCUCCCUCCGUCUAGGGCUGACCACGCUAGCACCUGGGGACAUGGGGCCUGGUGCAGGUGGGGGCCCGGGACUGCCUCCCUCCCUGCCAGAGCUCCGGACAAAGACCACUUGGAUGGUGUCCAGCUGUGAAGUGAGGCGUGACGGGCAACUCCAGAGGAUGAACUAUGGCCGGAACCUGGAGAGGCUGGGGGUAGGAAGCCGUGUGGGCAUUCGCCGAGGGGCAGACGACACAAUGCACAUCCUGGUAGACGGAGAGGAUAUGGGUCCUGCAGCCACCGGCAUCGCCAAGAGUGUGUGGGCUGUGUUGGAUCUAUAUGGGCCAGUGCGGAGUGUCUCUAUUGUCAGCUCCACCCAUCUGGAUGAGCCAGAAGGCACUCAGCCUCCUUCCCCCAGCUCGGACACCGGCAGUGAGGGCGAGGAGGAUGACGAAGGCGAGGAGCAUGUCCUGGAAAGCCAGAACCAAGUGGCCAUUAUGCCCACAGCCCUUGAGUUCCUGGAGAACCAUGGGAAGAAUAUUCUCUUGUCCAAUGGGAACCGUACAGCCACACGAGUGGCCAGCUACAACCAGGGCAUCGUUGUCAUCAACCAGCCCCUGGUGCCCCAGCUGCUGGUCCAGGUGCGGAUAGACUUCCUGAACCGGCAGUGGACAUCUUCCCUUGUUCUGGGAGUCAUCACCUGCCCACCGGAGAGGCUCAACUUUCCUGCUUCCGCCUGUGCCCUCAAACGGGCAGCUUGGCUGCUGCGGGGCCGAGGGGUCUUCCACAACGGCCUCAAGAUCUGUGAGAAAUUUGGGCCGAAUCUGGACACGUGUCCAGAAGGCACCAUCCUGGGACUGCGGCUGGACAGCUCUGGGGGGCUGCACCUCCAUAUCAACGGAAUGGACCAGGGGGUGGCUGUGCCAGAUGUCCCCCAGCCCUGCCACGCGCUCGUGGACCUCUAUGGGCAGUGUGAGCAGGUGACAAUUGUGAGCCCUGAACCAGGGGCUGCCAGUGGGAAAAGUGCUGGAACCCAAGGGGACAUGGAGAAAGCUGACAUGGUGGAUGGUAUCAAGGAGAGUGUGUGCUGGGGCCCGCCACCCACCACUAGCCCCCUCAAAAGCUGCGAGUACCAUGCCCUUUGCUCCCGUUUCCAGGAACUGCUGUUGCUUCCUGAGGACUAUUUCAUGCCUCCGCCGAAGCGUAGCCUCUGCUACUGUGAGUCUUGCCGAAAACUUCGAGGGGAUGAGGCCCACAGGCGCCGAGGGGAGCCCCCCCGUGAAUACGCUCUGCCUUUUGGCUGGUGCAGGUUCAACCUCAGGGUGAACCCCCACCUGGAGGCUGGGACGCUAACCAAGAAGUGGCAUAUGGCCUACCAUGGGAGCAACGUGGCGGCUGUCCGGAGGGUGCUGGACCGAGGGGAGCUGGGGGCAGGCACUGCUUCCAUCCUGAGCUGCCGGCCCUUGAAGGGAGAGCCUGGGACAGGGUUCGAGGAGCCUGGAGAGAACUGUGCGCCUCCCCGGGAGGAGCAGCCCCCUCCAGUGCUGCUUUCCCCCUCCCUCCAAUAUGCUGGGGCUGAGACCCUGGCAUCCAAAGUGCAAUUCCGGGACCCCAAAUCCCAGCGGACGCACCAGGCCCAGGUGGCGUUCCAGGUGUGUGUGCGCCCUGGCUCCUACACCCCGGGACCCCCUUCUGUGGCCCUCAGAGAGCCUCCCGAUCCUCACUUCAGCCCAGCUGAACUUGAGUGGGUGACCAAGGAGAAAGGGGCCACGCUCCUCUAUGCCCUGCUGGUACGGGUGGAGUGAGGGGCAAGGCCGCACCACUACAAGCACAGUUGGGCCUCGGCCCGUGGACUCGGAAUGAUGACUGCCUCCAGGUCAUUCCAGCGCUCCGCGACAUGCAUGGUGCUCAGCCUGGCAGAUGCACAGGAGCGUGUGGGCAGGCUCCUAGACUAGCUGGGAAGCGGAGCUUGGCUCCGUGCCCCGGCCGGAAGGGGACGUCCCUCUCUUCGCGGUGAGGGCGCAGUGGGGAGCCCGGCCGCAGACCCCGGGAAACCCUCUCCAUGCACUGAUCUGGGGAGCAUGACUCCCCGCGACUCCUCCCCCAUACACUUAAUUUAUUUCCGUUUCUGUUCCCUGGUUACUGUGAAUCCCAGAGGCGUCUCCUCGUGCCCCAACGAAGCUGCUGUUCCGGCCCGGGCGGGAGUGGGGAAGGCGGGGGCCGGGGCUCGGGCCUCUGUACAGUUGUUACUGACUCUGAUUUAUAAGGAGCCAAUAAACGCAAUCUAAGAG